CUCAUUGUCUUCACUAAACUCAAACUGAACUGCUCUGCUCCAUACAAACAGACAAAAAGAUGCUGGCAAAAUUCUUCACCCUCUUCACUUUUCUCUCAUGUGUCACUUCUGUAAAGGUUCUGACACAAAAACCCUCAGAAGUGACAAAAGAAAAAGGAAAUUCUGUGACUCUGGACUGUAAUAUAGCAAAGGAUGAGGGUUAUUAUGUUUCUUGGCAUAAACAGCUUCCAAAUGCUGCUCCUCAGUUUGUCUUAAGAUACUAUCAUUCUCAUAGCUCUCCUGACAGAUAUGGAGACAGUUUUUCAUCAGACCGUUUCACAUCUAAAGCUCAGUCAAAUAUUGACUAUCAGCUGAUCAUCAAUAAUGUGGAUGUGAGAGAUUCAGCAGUGUAUUACUGUCAGACAUGGGACAGCUCUGCUAAUGCUGCUGUAUUUGGACAAGGAACUAAACUGCUCGUGACCGAUUCGGGUGUUUCUCCUCCUGUUGUGUACAUUCUGCCUUCAUCCACUGAAGAUGUGAGCUCCAGUGAAGUUACUCUGGUGUGUCUGAUCAAUGACAUGUCUGUUGGCUUCGCUGAUGUGCGUUGGCUUGUGAAUGGAAACCCGGUUACUAAAGGGGUCUUCACUGGAUCUGCUGAACCGCAGUCUGAUGAGAAAUUCAAGCUGAGCAGUUAUUUAACCAUUGAGACAUCAGAGUGGCAGAAAGACAAAGAUAUCACAUGUGAAGUGACCGCUGCCGGAUCAAAAACCACCAAAAAGAUCAAGAAAUCUGACUGUAGUCAAUAAACUCGAUCAAUGUUUGUGCUCAUCCUUUUUUUAUAUGAAAGAGCAUAUUACUAGAAAUGAUAAAUAAAUGAAAUUUAGUAGCUUGAACUUUGUCAUUUGCUUCAAGGAGCUUUUAAUACUUAUGUUCUUUUAUGCAUUUUAAUAAAAACAUCUAAAUAAAACAGUUA